CCUUACAGGAAAAAGGAAGUUGUCAGUACCCAACGUCACCGUUAGAUAUUAUGAUAUGUAGUCGCUGACUGUGAAAGUACAAUGUUAAUUCGUUGAUUUUAGGGACAUGCCUUUGUUCAUUCAAAAUAUACGAGUGGAUCGUAUAACCUCAACGGCAGAACUCUUCGACAAAUAUCCUCAUUUACAGGAAAAUGCUAAAGCCUUUCGUUCCCAGCCACUCACGGAUGUUGACCCCAAGUGCCUCCUGUACGUCCAACAGAGAGAGUUUGCUGCAACGACGCCAGCAGAUAAUAAUGUUUCAGUGAUUGGAUCUGAGGACGCCACCACCUGCCAUUUGGUUGUGCUGCGGCAUACAGGUAGUGGAGCUACCUGCCUUGCACACUGUGAUGGAUCCAACACUUACGCUGAAGUGCCCCUUCUCAUCAAAUCAGUGACAUCACUGAAUACCUGCUGUCAUGAGGGCAGACUUGAACUCCAUCUUGUUGGUGGAUUUGAGGAUGAGGCAAUGACAUCCCAUGAGCUCAGCCUUAACAUACUGGCAGCCUUCCAGCAACUGCCAGAUGAUAUCCAUCUGCAAACAUGUUGCAUCACAGAAAUGAACGACAUAGUCAUCAAUGCUAUUCAUAGACCUGCAGUUUAUGGUGUUGGUGUAAAUGUGAAAACAGGAAAAGUGUUCCCUGCAAAUUUACCUUAUAAAGGACCAGCAGAGGACCUGCGCUCAGCACGUACCUUCACAGGGGGACAGAUGGUGGAAAUUUAUGACCCUAGUCGAGGACUUGUGAAAGUCGGCCCUUGCAAAUGGUCCCCUAAUAUGGAUUUUGCCUUUUGGUUGUCACAAGAUGAUGCCAUCAUUUUAAAGUACUUGUCCACAUCGCCAAAGGCUGAGCCACCACACUUUGUCCGCCUCAUCAAAUCCACCAUCCAGUUCCUCCUAAAGCACCCAAACUCUGAUGGUCUCUUCCCUGGGGGUCAGCCACAGCUCUUCCACAGGAAUGAAAGUGGCGACUGGGAGAGGGUUGCCUGUUGACCUUUUGAUGGAUUUUUUUUGACCAUCCAAUCACUAUCUAAUUUUUUUCACUGUGUCUUAAAAUGUCUAUUGAGUGGCUAUCAUGACUCAUCUGGCCGGCCCAGUAGAGAAGAAGACACAAACUGCAAGUGAGCUGAUGUCAAACAUCGAAUGUUUCAUCUCCUUCGGUAUUGUGUAAAUCUCCAGUUCUGCCUCAUCAUUUUGCUUUUGAUGCACAUUGGUGAAACUAUAUCGUCUUCAUUUCAAUUAAAAUUAUUUUACUGGCCAGUGCA